AUGAUAUUUGGACUGGGCAGACUAUUUUACGUGGUAUUAUUACUUAUAAACGCUGUAGCAGUUUUGAGCGAGGAAAGAUUCUUGAGAAGAAUUGGUCUGGGGUCCAAUUCGAGCCAGAGUCAUGCAUUCGGACAACAGGAGAAUUCAACCAAGUCGAAGAUCAUUCAAUUGAUCAGCGCCAUUCAAACGCUACUAAGAAGUAAGUUGGGAGAUGGGGCAAUCAAAACUUUAAGCAUCUUUACUAACUAG